CAGCCAUGCUCCCUUCCCAGCCUCUCCUGCUUGCUGCCGUGGUGGCACUCACAGUCCCCCAGGCCUUUGCCUCCAACACCUUCAUCGCAGCCGUUUACGAGCACAGUGUCAUCCUGCCAGAUGCCACCCUCCAGCCCACGUCUCCCGAAGAUGCUUUGGCCCUGAUGAACAAAAACAUGGAUGUCUUGGAAGGGGCCAUCAAGAAAGCUGCCCAGCAGGGCGCCCACAUCAUUGUGACUCCUGAAGAUGGCAUUUAUGGCUGGCUUUUCACAAGAGAAACCAUCUACCCCUACCUGGAGGAUAUUCCUGACCCGGCAGUGAACUGGAUUCCCUGCACAGACCCCACAAGAUUUGCUCCAGCUCCAGUGCAGGAACGGCUGAGCUGCAUGGCCAGGAAUAACUCCAUCUAUGUGGCUGCAAACAUUGGGGACAAGAAGCCAUGUAACUCCAGUGAUCCCAGCUGCCCCAGUGACGGUCGCUAUCAGUACAACACUGAUGUUGUCUUUGACCCGGAGGGGAAACUGGUGGCUCGUUACCACAAGUAUAAUCUCUUUAUGUCAGAAACCCAGUUUAAUUACCCAAAAGAGCCAGAAGCUGUCACCUUUGAGACCCCCUUUGGGAAGUUUGGCAUUUUCACAUGUUUUGACAUCCUUUUCCACAAGCCUGCUGUGGUCCUGGUGAGUGAGUUGCAGGUGGACACCGUGCUCUUCCCAACGGCGUGGAUGAACGUCCUGCCGUUUCUGACUGCGGUUGAGUUUCACUCUGCCUGGGCCAUGGGCAUGGGUGUCAACUUCCUAGCUGCUAAUACACACUACACUGGCUCAUCUAUGACAGGAAGUGGUAUUUAUGCACCAGACAGAGCCAGAACUUACUACUACAAUAUGAAAACCGAGGAUGGUUGCCUCCUCACUGCUGAACUAGAUUCACACCCUCGCCUUUCUCCUCCCUCCCCUCCUGCUGUCAACUGGAGCUCCUAUGCUUCAAGUGUCAAAAGAUUCUCUCCAAAUGACCAUGAAUUUGGAGGACUCAUCUUCCACGACCGAUUCACUUUGACUGAGCUCACAAAGCCUGAAGGGAACCGCACUGUUUGCCAGAAGGACCUCUGCUGUCACUUGAGCUACAAGGUGGCAGGGAAACAAGAAGAUGAAGUUUAUGUUCUAGGUGCAUUUGAUGGGCUUCAUGUUGUUGAAGGACAAUACUAUCUGCAGAUAUGCACACUGCUCAAGUGCAAGAGCACAGACCUGAGCACGUGCGGGCAGCCGGUGGAGACGGCUCACACCAAGUUUGAGAUGUUCUCCCUCAGUGGCACCUUUGGCACCAACUAUAUCUUUCCAGAAGUCUUGUAUAGUGGAGUGCAGCUGGCCCCUGGGGAGUUUGAGGUAUUGAGCGAUGGGCGCUUGAUAAGCAAAACAAGACCAACAAAACCAGUUGUCACUGUGACGCUUUUUGGACGAUGGUAUGAAAAGGACUCCAUGUUUAGCUCCUGUGGGCAGUCUGACACAUUAAUUUUUAUUUAUUUUAUUCACAUUUCAAGCAAAGGAAAACCAGAUCUUUCAACAAUGAAAAUUGCUUACUAA